CACCGGAAGUUGUUUCAGCUGCCAUGUUUGGCUGCUUUGUUGUAGGCUUUUUAUCAGCUUUCCUACAGAAUUACCAAGUGUGGAAAUGGAGCCGAGCUGGAGUACGUUUCUUUUUCAACAGGCUAAUGAUGCACUCCACCACCAGCAUCAGAUGGCACACAACAGCCUGCUGCCACUUCUUAAUGCAGGAACUGAGCAGGUUGACCAGAAGCCAAUCCUACCCAUUCAAAUGGAACAGAAACCCCCUCCCAAUGCUUCUGAUGUCCUCAAAGAUAACCUGGUGGGUGGAGGUUCACAGCCACCAGUGCCUGUGGUGAAGAAAGAACACAAAGCCAAAACACCAUUUGUAUGUGGCUACUGCAACAAAGCUUUCCGUGACAGCUACCACCUGCGACGCCACGAGUCCAGCCACACUGGAAUCAAGAUGGUUUCACGACCAAAGAAAACAGCCCAAACUGCCCCCACCAUGGUACCGAUGAUCUCUACUGUACCAAACGAAAACAACGGCAACCCUUCCUACAACUCCACAGUAGUUGGCAUCCUGUCUACAGCAACCACAUCAGUGUCCUCGGGCACAGGCAUGGUUAUGGUAUCACCAGCUAUGGGUAAUGUGCCACAGCAAAAUGUUGUCAAGAAACCCCCCAAACCCGUCAAGAAAAACCAUGGGUGUGAGAUGUGUGGCAAAGCAUUUCGUGAUGUGUACCACCUCAAUCGCCACAAGCUGUCCCACUCAGAUGAGAAGCCUUUUGAGUGCCCCAUCUGCCAGCAACGGUUUAAAAGGAAGGACAGAAUGACCUACCAUGUUCGUUCUCAUGACGGUGGUGUUCACAAGCCUUACGUGUGUUCAGUUUGUGGGAAAGGAUUUUCCAGGCCUGACCAUUUGAGCUGUCACGUUAAGCAUGUGCAUUCCUCAGAGAGACCAUUUAAGUGUCAAGUAACGGCCUGUACGUCUGCUUUUGCUACUAAAGACAGAUUGCGAUCCCACAUGAUCAGACAUGAAGGCAAAGUCACCUGUAGUAUCUGUGGGAAAAUGCUCAGUGCAGCCUACAUCACCAGCCAUUUAAAGACCCAUGGACAGACCAACUUCAACUGUAAUAAAGAGAGCAACGAGGUCUGCAACUCUGCCUCUGCCACACCUGUGACUGCCACUGCCCCCAUUACCACGGCAAUGAACCGAGGCCUCUCCAACAACAAUGCCACUGUCACUAUAGCUGCACAAAUGAACAUAAGCACCAACACAGUGAACAUCACUUCUCCAGUCACUUUGCAGCAUCCUGUGACCAUCACCGGGCCUGUCAACAUCACCUCCGUCAAUAUCCCAGCCACAGCACCCAUGAAUAUUGCCCACCCUGUUGCAAUAACGACCCCCAUGCCUAUGAAUAUAACCGGCCCCCUCAACAUUGCCAUGAGGCCGGUUGAUAGCAUGUCUUUUCUGUCUCAAGUUUUGCCCUCUUCGCCGCCCUGGUAAAAAGGAGAAGUAGAGAAGAUAAGCGGUCUGAACGGGCCAGAGGAAAAAAGUGAAAGAUGACAAAAGAUCCUGUCACCUCGAUGUGACAUCCCUGCUCCUCCUGAACCCACUGUCCCUCAUUGAAGUAAAUAUUUGUACUGUAAGCUCUGAGCAGCCUGACCAGUCACGUUCACGGCUCAGCUGUCAAGAGACAUGACAUAUGACAUGAGAUUAAAGACUUGCAUAUGAUUGGAGGAGGAUUUCUCUUCAAAUCAGGGGAACAGUCAGAUUUCGUGUCGUCAGGUAGAAUUAUCAAACUGUGAUUUUGUUCCAUGGGAAGUGACAGAUGAGUAUUCCUCAAGCACACUUGAAGACAGUUAGGUUAAACAGGCCUUUUUUUGUAAAAAGGAGAUGAAAAAUGGACUGAAGCAAUAACUACAAAUUGCUGUUUUUAAGAUCUCUCCUAAAGCCCACUAAGUCUUGCUUUUAUGAUUUUUGUUUUUUACAUUAGCCAUCUAAACACAUUGAACAAAAUGGUUCUAGUAAAAGGGACAGAAACUUUCACUUGAAUGGAAGAGUAUUUUUUCAGAGUGAAUAGCUUUUCUUUUUUUUCAUACAUAGUUGGUAUGCUCUUGAGGUACAACAACUAACUUGUACAGUUGUCAUUGUGAUGUAUUUUCAUGUCAGCCUUUUAGGUUUUUGUCCAGUGUUCAAGUGGACUCGUCAAUGCUGUCCUCUUGACUAUGAACAAAUAAUUUAGUACAGCGAAACAAUGGUUUGUUUCUUCUUUUUUUUAUCACUUUUUUUCUUAAAGAAGUGUUGCACUGAAAGCAUAUCCUACAGGUGAGUAGCAGCAGUAUUAUGAAAGGACAAAUUGAAUUGUCGUGAUGUAGUGUGAUGGCCAGCCGGCAGGUGACGGCUAUUGCAUGGGUAAGAAAGACUGGCUGUUUAGAGACGCAUCUUAAGCCUGUUGCUGUUAUCAUAAAGGCAAUUGAUGGUUGACAGAAGCAUCCAGUGUCAAAGUGAAGCCACAGACGUCUACAACUAUUGAUAGCUCCCUUCAAAAGUCACUCUGCAUCAGAAGAAGUGUGUGGUAAAUGUCCCCUGUUCACUCUUCAACAUCCAUAAUGUUUACAAGUCUCAUUUACAAGUUUGGGUUACUUUUCAAAAACGAAACACCUUCAAUUUGUUAAUUACAAUCGUGGACCAAUCAUGUAAUAGUCUCAUCUGUUAUUCAUAGAGUAAGAUCUUAAUGUACAGAGUUGGUCCUGAUGUGUUGAAGAAAUAUCCAGUCCAGUAUUAAUGGAUAAAUGAUGAUUUUUAGAAUUUUCCAUUCAUGUGUAAUUUAUACCAAAAACAGAGCACGACCAUUGAAGUUCACCUGAGCUACAGCGAGACAACUACAGUACGUCGGUUUCUUUAUACUUGUCUGUUUAGGUGUCGGAAUGUUUUGUACUUUGUUGCGCGUUUUUGUUACCUUAGCGGUGACACUUUAGAAAACCCUUGAGUCACGGCUGUGGACAAAGAACUGAAUCAUGCUUCCAUUCAGAACAAGAUGGCCAGCGAUGACUUUGAAUAGUUUUAAUCCCCCUCUCCAUCUGAGUUAUCAGUAGUGUCAGUAUCAGGUUAGAACUCAGAGGAGAGGUCAAGUCCAUCAAAGUUAGGAACACGUUCCCAAACACUGACUUUCGACCAUCAGUUAAUAACAAAAAAAAGUGGUGUUUUAAAAGUGUUGCAGCUUUUUUUUAGUUGCUCUAUUUUAUUUUUUUUACUGAAAAAAAAUGCAAUGUGCAUGUUCAUCUUUCUUGCAAAAAGAUUUGAUAGGAACAAAGUGUCAUUUGCUAUUUUGUUGCUAAACUUUUACACUGACAACAUGUCUGCCCAAUAUAUUACAAAAACAAUGUGUUGAUGAAAUGAAACAUUUCUUGUGAAAUUGAUCGUGUCUCUUUAUUUUUAAGGUGAAAAGGAAAAUCUAGGACCCUUGUGAGAGCAGUUGAAUGUAUAUCUUUGUACAAUAUCGUUUUAGUUCCAAGAAUAUGAUAGUUACUAUAGGUGUGAAAGAUAGAAUAACCUUUUUACAGACCUUUGUAAUAGUACAUUAACAACAGUAAUUUUGUACAUAUACAUGCAAAGCUUUCUGGUUAGCAGAAAGAUGGAACAUUCCUACUUUUUUUAAUUAACGUUUGUUAUGUUAAAACAUAAACAUCCGCAAUGUUACGUGCCUUUUUUGGGUUGUCUAAAUAAAAGAAAACUAUCAAAUGUUAA